ACCAAAACAAAAAAAAAAAAAAAUCGUGUUAUUCUUUCCAUUCUAUGAAAAUAACUUAAUAACAAUCUUAAUCCGUGAAAUGGUUACUAAUAAAAUAGUAAUUAAAUAAAUCUCAUCUGUAAAAUAACAUUCAUUAUUCGUCAUGGCUUCUUACCACGAAAGACAAAAAAACCUCUUCAACCACCUGAAAGAUGCUGAGGAUCAACACAGCUUCUCCAAGACCAAUAAAGCGUCUCCAGAGCAGGAUUAUGGUACAAUAGAUAGACACACUUACAAGAAACUAAAGCGUGAAAUGAGGCAGUUUAGAGGUAGAGAAAGUAUAUACAAGAGACAGGAGGCUAACAUUAAAGAAUGUGUACGCGCUAAAACAAUCCCAGAUUUCAUUAAAAAUCCGAAGAAGUGGGUCUAUUAUUCCCUAUCAGAUGUUACACCAGAUCAAAUGUCAGAUGCCACUAACACUGCCACAGCAUUAGCAUUCAUCAAAGAAAUGGAAAACAGAGAAUCCAGUAUGGAAAUGGAAACAGAGUUUGAUGAUACUGGAGUAUUCAAAAAGCCCACAUUCCAAGCCUCCAAGACAAUAAAAAAGAUAGAACCAAAACCAGAUGAAAAAGCUGUAUUUAAAGGCAAUAAAAUUAUCAUGCCUGAAUAUGUAGUCGGAAUGACAAAGAAAAAGGAGAGAAAAACUAGAACAACAAAGAAAGAAACAGAGGGCAGCUCUGAUGAAACAAAGAAAGUUUCUCUCAAGCUGAAUCACUUAUUUGAUGAAGAUGAAGAAGAAUGAUUACUUUAAUUAACUAUUUAUGUCUGGUUAUUUAUUUAAGGCUUUUUAAAUAUUAAAGUACUUCAGUACA